AUGCCUCCCCGUCGUCGUGGAGGUAAUACUGCCUCUUCUCGCGCCGCUCAGUCAACGCUCUCGUUCGGCGCCCGGGUCACCAAGCCCGCCACUCCCUCCGCGAACCUGAAAGCAAAGAACCUCGAUUCACCCGUCUCCCUCCCUACGGACAAAUCCGCCUCUGCUACUCCCGAGCCACAACAGGUGCCAGUGACUCCUGUGGAGCCGUCACAACCCCAUGUCGCCGAACUGGUGGUGCGGCAGCAGGCCGCCGCCGAAAUCCAAGCGCCGCUGUCUAUGGAAGAUAAACGGGCGAUGAAUCUCAGUCGACAGGAUCUGCAGCGGUAUUGGGAAAAGGAAGAACAAAGUCGGAAGGCACCGCGAGUCCACCAGCAGAGUCUUGAUCUCGAAGAGAAGAUCCUACGACACUUUGAUCUGUCCAGUCAAUAUGGGCCCUGCAUCGGCAUCGCCCGACUCAAGCGCUGGCGGCGUGCGAAUAUGCUGAAUCUCAACCCACCCAUCGAAGUGCUAGCCGUUCUUUUAACAGAAAAGGAUGUGAAGCAGCGGGCAAACAUGGAUGACCUAUUGUCGUGA